ACACUUGUCACUUCCGGCGCUUGUUUGGCUGGCAGUUUGAAAUGAGACCGCUGGCUCCAUAAAGAAUACUUGAACUGCUUAAAUGGCAGGUUUAUUUAAUGUGGAUACACGCUGUGGAACAAGAAGAGUCCUCUAGAGUGUACUGCAGGCUCAACUUCUCUGUCUUGCUACCGUACUAUGUUCAAAAAGAUGACUGAAUUUGGUCCAGAUUCCGGGGGGCGAGUUAAGGGAGUAACCAUUGUGAAGCCCAUCGUAUUUGGUAACGUUGCCCGCUACUUUGGGAAAAAGAGAGAGGAGGAUGGACACACACAUCAGUGGUCUGUCUAUGUGAAGCCUUACAGGAAUGAGGACAUGUCUGCGUAUGUGAAGAAGAUCCAGUUCAAGCUACACGAGAGCUAUGGUAACCCACUGAGAGUGGUGACAAAGCCUCCAUAUGAGAUUACGGAGACGGGAUGGGGGGAGUUUGAGAUCAUCAUCAAGAUCUUCUUCAUUGACCCCAAUGAGAGACCUGUCACUCUAUACCAUCUGUUGAAGCUGUUCCAGUCAGACUCCAGUGCCAUGCCUAAGAAAACAGUUGUUUCUGAAUUCUAUGAUGAAAUGAUCUUCCAGGAUCCUACAGCCAUGAUGCAGCAGCUGCUGACUACAUCAAGACAGCUCACCCUGGGAGCAUACAAGCAUGAGACAGAGUUCAUUGAGCUGGAGCAGAGAACCAAGGAGAAAAUGGAAACCGCAAAGAAGAGAACCAGCCAGGAGAUCACAGAGCUGAAAGACAAACUAAAAGCCAGCAGAGAGAACAUCAACCACCUGAAGGCAGAGAUCAGGAAACUGGAGGAGGAUGGAGACCACAAGGAGCACUGAGAAAUGGACAAUGUUGCUUGUGGCUGAAACAAGCAUUUUGUGAUUGGUUCUUUACAUAUCUGUCACUUAUAUUUUUUUGGCCAUAACAAUGCUGGAUCAGCUGGCUGUAUUUUUGUUUUUGCAACACUGGGUUUGUCCAGUCAUCUCGAUGUAAUUGAAGCUGUGUUUUUCUAUACAUCUACAAGUCAACCUGAGUUGAGGUCUGAUCAGACAGAUUCAGUGAAGCAUCCCCAUAGUGUUCACACAUACCUAAUGAGAUAUCCACAUUAGUGUGGACAGUUUUGAAUGUGAAUAGCUCCGUUGUUUUUUACUGAUCUUACCGUUUUCCAUAUAAAGUAAAUGUGUUAACAAUAUUGCUUGUAUAUGUUUGUUCUGUUGUAACCUUUUGGGUUUGAUAUGGGUUGAGUCAUAAAACAUUUAAAUCUGUUUUACACUGGACUAUGUGCCAGGUAGCAGGUUAAACCCUGACUUUCAUAUCAUGUGCCAUAGAGUUCGACCUGCCUAAUCCUGAUCCUGUCUAGGUGUAAUUUUACCCAUUCACACUGACCGUCCCCAUGUACAAAUGAUGGAUCACUAGCCAGGUGUGAAAUGGUUUAAACAAGUAGAUUGGGAGCUUAGGAGGGGUUGGUAGCCUGUCAGCAGUUGAUUGGAUGCUUGUUUUUUUGUUAAUGUACCCAUGAUGUUUUUCCCCUCAGAAAUGAAAAAAAUGAUUCAAGUGA